GUGCCCAGAGCAUGCGCAGUGGGCGUGCUCGCGCCACCGCCCUCAGCUGAGACUGCCUGCGCAAAGCCGUGGGCCCCCGGGUGACAGCGGCUGGAGGUGGCGGAGGAAGGCAGCGAGAUCAGGGUGACUCCUAGAAAACCAGAUAGCCUACUUGCAUCUGAUGAAAUCUGCCAGUCAGACAACCAGCCAUGUCUUACACUCCGGGGAUUGGUGGGGACCCUGCCCAGCUGGCGCAACGCAUCUCCUCUAACAUCCAAAAGAUCACGCAAUGCUCCGUGGACAUACAAAGGACUCUGAGUCAGCUGGGAACGCCUCAAGAUUCACCAGAAUUGAGACAACAGCUGCAGCAGAAGCAGCAGUAUACCAACCAGCUUGCGAAAGAAACAGAUAAGUACAUUAAAGAGUUUGGCUCUCUGCCCACCACCCCCAGUGAACAGCGUCAAAGAAAGAUCCAGAAAGACCGACUAGUGGCCGAAUUCACCACAUCGCUAACAAACUUUCAGAAAGCCCAGAGGCAAGCUGCUGAGAGGGAGAAAGAGUUCGUUGCUCGAGUGAGAGCCAGUUCCAGGGUAUCGGGAGGUUUUCCUGAAGACAACUCAAAAGAGAAGAAUCUUGUAUCCUGGGAAAGCCAAACACAACCUCAAGUGCAGGUCCAAGAUGAAGAGAUCACAGAGGAUGACCUCCGACUCAUCCAUGAAAGAGAGUCUUCAAUCAGGCAGCUGGAAGCCGAUAUUAUGGACAUUAAUGAAAUAUUUAAAGACUUGGGAAUGAUGAUUCACGAACAAGGUGACGUGAUUGACAGCAUAGAAGCCAAUGUAGAGAGUGCGGAGGUUCACGUUCAACAGGCAAACCAGCAGCUGUCAAGAGCAGCUGACUAUCAGCGCAAAUCCAGGAAAACCCUCUGCAUCAUCAUUUUUAUCCUUGUGGUCGGAAUUGUGAUCAUCUGUCUCAUCGUCUGGGGACUGAAAGGCUGAGCCCCAAAGGCAUGGACGAACGACUGCAUGGCGUUGUCUGAGUGAUGCAGGCAGAUUCUCGAGACUGCUUUCUCUUGUCAUUAUUUUGAUGCCGUUGUGUAAAAGUUGGUUCCAUACUUUGUCAUUUUUACUGGGGGAGGGGGGAGGAGGUUCUUUUGAUUCAAUCUGAUAUUUCUAAUACCCAAGGUUUUUCUAAAUUCCCUUGCUGGCAUGACUUCUCUGCUUUUUAGUUCAACAACUGUUGGGUUUUCGCUCACAUUGUAUAUGCUUUUCAUUUAUAAUUUAUUUAUAUUGUUUGACUGAGUUUUGAGAAUUAUCUGAUUGGCGCGUGGACUCUGUCACUGUGUAACGUGUGUAACGUGAUUGUGCUGUUUUAUUUUUAAAAAUCCAAGUUUAAAUUUCAUUUGUCCAGUAAAUAUCCUCAAUAGGAAAACCUAAACAUACCUGUCUGGGAUGUUUGAUCCCCUGUGGUCCAUGGCGGUGCAGAUCAUUAUUUCUCUUUCAUUAUUGGAUUGUUUUUAUCAUCUCUAAAUAAAAUCAGUGAAUCUUUUCCCGAUGUGUAUAUAUGCAUUUGCUGUAGAUUGCAUAGUAAAGGUCGUAAGAAUAGGUUGUUUUUACAUAUGGUCUAUUUAAUUCAAUGCAAACUAAGGAAAGUAUAGUUACUGUACUGUUGAUCAAUGUAAGUUGGAGGGAGUGUCUGAAAAAUCCAGACCGAUAUAUGUUCUCUUAAGAUGCUAAAGAUUUCAGUUUCUUACUGCACUGAACCACUUUUACCAUAUGGUCUGGUUUUGCGGCCAUGAUUUACUUUCGCUUGUGUCCCACUGAACACUGAUUAGACAUGUAUCUUUGGGUCCUGUCUUCACAAAGUAAUGUUGUUCCCACAGUUACAGACUUGGGAUUUCAUUUUUAUACUUACUUUUUGACACUUAAAUUUUAGAGUUUAUUUAGAUGCCAAUUUUUAAACCGUUGUUUAUUUAAAUAAGAAUCAGAUGUUUGCCAAUGAACUCACUUGUCUUUUAAUCAAUGUUUUAAUCCACUAAUAGGAAUGCUGUAAAAGGGGUUAUCUUAGUUUUAUUGUUUGUGUUUUAUAAUGUUCUUACACAGCAGUUUGCUAGUGAUGGCACUGUUUAAUGUGACUCUGAAACCUUUGAAUGGGAUCAAGUGAAAUAUUAACCAAAUAGUUGUAUCUUUGCAAGCAGAAUAAAGAUGUUCUGGAGAUGUCUGA